ACUGCUCUCUCUCCCUACGACCGAGGAUGGGGAAUAUGUCGAAUGAAGACGGUAUACUGCAUCUGUGUUCCCGCUACGUUACCUGCGGCGCGUUGCUGCUUUUCUGCUGCUGCUCCUACGUGCAGAUUUCUGCGGAGCAGGGAGGAGUAACGAUCGUCUAUGUAUGCAUACGUGUAGGCCUUGGAACGGUCGAGGGAUAUCGAAGGAUCAACAACGGCCUGCUUUCUCGGCUUCACCCGCAGUCGAUUUGAUUCUAGGGCUUCUAGUUGUUCGGCAGUAUUAUUUUAUUUUUAUUUUUUGUUUGUAUGUUUGUUUGUUUGUUUGUUUGUUCUUGUCUGUAACGUUUCGGACGCCCCGAGGGGUGCGCGUUUUUGUAUGCAGGCGGGUUGGAUUUUCUAGAAUGAGCGAUUAUAUGAGAUUUCAGAAAGUCUCCAAAAAGUUUCGUAUUGAUUUGUUUUUCGCCCCCGCGCCGUCAACUCUGCUCUGUCCCCCGCUUCUUUUUUUUUUGUCUCGCAGCCUCUUGUCUGUCCUCUCCCUCGCUCAGGAAGUCGCGCACGAGGUACACCCGAGUGUAUGUGUGUGUAUGUGUGUAUGUGUGUACACUAUGUAAUAUGUAAUAUGUAAUAUGUAAUAUGUAAUAUGUAAUAAUAAGAAAAAGCUUGGGGUAAUACUAGAAUAACAACGCUGACUGGGCACUUUUAGAAGCACGAGACAGAGGAACGGGUAAC